GCCUGUGGGCAGGGACAGGGUCAACCAACCCGGUUGGAAUGGCCUCUCCCCAGCGCUUAGUACAGUGCCCUGCAACCAGAUAGACGGAGAUCUGCACCCGGGAAGUGCUGGAGGAAUAGCAGGGGUUGAUGGAGGAGGUGUUGGCGACAGACCAGGCGUUUGUGACCCUUAGUACCAGCGAUGUUUACUGCCACGGGGCCCUGGUGCUUGGACAAUCUUUGAGAAAUCACAGGACAACGAGAAAACUGGUGAUCCUAAUUACCCCUCAAGUCUCCGGCCUACUGAGGAAGGCCCUCUCUCGAGUGUUCGAUGAAGUCACUGAAGUGAAUCUGAUGGACAGUGCCGACCCUGUAUCCCUGGCUCUGCUGAGGAGGCCGGAGCUUGGCGUUGCUCUGACCAAACUCCACUGCUGGACUCUCACUCAGUAUAGCAAAUGCGUGUUCAUGGAUGCGGACACAUUGGCGCUCUGUAAUAUCGACGAAUUAUUCGACCGGGAGGAAUUGUCAGCAGCCCCGGAUUCUGGAUGGCCAGACUGUUUCAAUAGUGGAGUUUUCGUCUUCAGACCUUCUCUGAAAACCUACAACCUCCUGCUACAGCAUGCUGCGGAACAUGGAAGUUUUGAUGGGGCUGACCAAGGUUUAUUGAAUAGUUUCUUCAGUAACUGGGCAACUGCAGACCUUCACAGACAUUUGCCGUUUAUUUAUAACUUGAGCAGCAGUGCAACCUACACAUACGUCCCUGCUUUCAAACAAUUUGGUUCUGAUGCCAGAGUCGUUCACUUUCUGGGGGCCUCCAAGCCGUGGCACUACAAGUACCACCCCCAGACUGGAUCGGUAUCCGAGGACAACCAGGCCGAGGAAGCGGAGCACUGGAACCCCUUCCUGCAGCUCUGGUGGAGAACCUACAAUCGCCACGUGCUGCCUUUCUUCGAGACCCUUCAGCCGGGAGAAGACGAACAAUCCCCAGGCCCGAAGCUUUGCUCCAGUGGGACUGAAAUGUUCCCGACACCGUCGAGCCCAGCGACUGGGCUGGCUGUGCCUGCGCUUCCUCAUCCAGAACCGACCCCGGCAGAAUGUCCUCCCGAACUCUCCUCGGAGGAGUUGGAAAAGCGAGAUAUGGUAGAGCCCUCUGGGACUGAAAGUUCUGAUCCUGUUUUCUGCGAACCUGGAAGACCAACUGCCUCAAGCCUUACGAACCUCACAGAGAUUCAAGUCACCCCGCCUCCAGUCCAUGAAGAGGAAUACAAUUCUGCGGACUGCGUCACAGAUCAAAACCUAGAAUCAUCACGGAUCCUGUUCUUCCCAGAGCCUAUUCUUCAGGAGCCACUGGUGGUUGACGUGGCCAUUUCUGUUCCAGAGCUGCCCAUUCCGCUCAAACCCACUGAACCCAGCCCAGAGGAAGAAAGGAGGAAGUGGGAAGAGGGACAGGUAGAUUACCUGGGAAAACACUCAUUCGAACGUAUUCAAAAGAAGCUCGAUCGAUUUUUACAGUAGAUCGCGCGGAGAGGCUGAUGGAUUAGUAGAAGCUGCCUUGGUAUCCCUCAGGUUUUGUGGAAGAGAAAUCCUCUCUCCAGACCUGGAGCGAAGUAGACUUUUCAACUGUGUGCCUCUAUUUCUGACACCUCAUUUCGUGCAGACCCAA